ACCCUUCAUGCUCUGCUCAAUGAUGCAGAGGAGAAGCAGAUUGUGAACCCUGCUGUUGGAAUGUGGCUUGACGAGCUCAAGCAUGCAAUCUUCGAUGCGGAUGACCUACUGGACGAGAUAGAUACUAGAGCUCUGCAACAUCAAACCAAGAAAACCCAUGUGUGGAAAUUCAUUUCUACUUCUGUCAAUCCUUCGUAUCAAGGCAUGAACAUGAAGGGUAGGAUAGAAGAGUUAUUCAAAAGACUAGAACACGUAGCAAAACAGAAGAAUAUCCUUGGCCUUAGAGAAGGUGUUGGGGGCAAUGUUUCACACAGAACUCUCACAACACCCUUCGUUGAGCCCGAAUGUUGUACUUAUGGUAGGGUUGGAGAUAAAGAAAAGUUAGAAACACUCUUGUUAUCUGAUGAUCCAGUUAGGAGCAACAAUAUAUCUGUAACUAAUCACCAUAGUUGGGAUGGGCGGGUUGGUAAGACAACCCUUGCUCAACUCCUUUACAAUGAUGACGAAGUGAAAGAGUAUUUUGAUAUUGAAGCUUGGGCUUGUGUUUCUGAAGAUUUUGAUGCUAUUAGGGUAAUCAAAACCCUUCUUGAGUCAGUCACUUCAAAAUCUUGUGGUAUUUCAGAUAUGAGCUUGCUUCAAGUUGAGCUCAGGCAACAAGUGCGGGGAAAGAAAUUUUUAUUUGUGUUGGAUGAUCUCAAGAAUGACAACUAUAAUGAUUGGGAUCUUCUACGGGCUCCUUUCACUUAUGGAGAAAGGGGAAGUAAGGUAAUUGUGACAACAAGGAACACAAGUGUUGCAUCUAUCAUGCACACUGUUCCUAUUCACUACUUAAAACAGUUGUCAGAUGAAGAUUGCCGGUUAUUACUUGAAAGACAUGCAUUUAGAAAUGAAAACCCCAGUGCACAUCCAGACUUGGAAGAAAUUGGUAAGAAAAUUUCACGAACGUGCAACAGUUUGUCUUUAGCUGCAAAACCACUUGGGGUUCUCUUGAGUUGCAACCUAGAGUAUAAGGAAUGGAGUGGCAUCUUGAAUAGCAAUCUUUGGGAGUUAGUGCAUGAUAAAAGUAUUCUUCCGUCUCUAAGAAUGACUUAUCAUUAUCUCCCAAGUUAUUUAAAACAAUGCUUUGCUUAUUGCUCCAUUUUUCCAAAGGACUAUGACUUUAAAAAGGAAGAUGUCAUUCUACUUUGGGUGGCAGAAGGUUUAAUUGGACCUAUAUGUAAGUAA